UGAAUAAAUAUAGCGAAGUUGCAAAACUUUUUGACUACCCUAUGUAAUUGUCAUAAGAUAAAAAAACAAGAUAAAUUUAUUUUUAUUUAUAUUUUUCAUAAAAUAAUUUCUAUAAAUUAGUUUAAAAUCUUUUGAAAAAAAAUUUGAAAGUUUAUUUUAAAAAGUAUUCUAAAUACCUAUGUAAAACAGUAUAUUAAAUGAUAUUUGUGGUUAAUCUUCAUGUACAAGAAUGAAUGUGCAGUAAAAUAUAGCUUAUCCUAGUAAGAGAAGUGUCACAUUUAAUGAUUUACAACUUUCGAGAUAUCUUUUAUCACUUUUUUCAUUAUAUGUUAAACUUUUCUCUACUCUUAUUUUUUUUUAAAUUUCUUUCUUGUUGUUCUUGAUUAGAUUUCAACUGAUAUAUUAGACUAUUGAAUAGAAAUACAAGUUAAGAAAAAUAAAAAAAACAAAUAUGGAAUGUUUCUCUAUACGAGAACACAAAUGAAAUGUACAUCAAACAAACUAUUUUAGUGUAUUUAUUGACUGUAAUAUAAAAUAGACAAUUGCACAUAUAAGAAAAGAUUUCGUAGAGAUGAAUAAAAGUAAUUUCUUUUUGUUUUUUUAACUUUGAAAAUCUGAUAUUGAUAGAUGAUUUGAUUAAUAUAAAAUGUAAUUGUAAUGAAUGUGUAUGAAUAUUUAUCUUGAUAUUAAAAUUUGAUUCAUCUGUCAUUUUUUCUCAUUCUUUAUUUCUUUAUGAUAUGAGCGCAUAUGAAGAAAUAAAUAUUACCUUUCUAACAUCGAAGGACAAUAAUAAUAAUAAUUUGAAAUGUAUCUUGUUUUAAUUGAUUAUAUUGUUUUAAUUUUACUUUUGGGUAAUUUUCUUUAAAAAAAUAAAACGGCAAUAAUUUAUUUAAAUAAUAUUAGUUUUAUCAUGUGGAACUGGAGUUUAUCGAGGUUAUAGUCGAUCAAAACAAGUUUCAUCUAAAUAAUUUCUUAUUGCUGAUGGUCGAAUGAAAAUUAUUAAAUAUAAUUUGAACAAAAAAACAAUUUAUUAAUUGUCUAUAUUCGUUUAGAUAAUUCCAACAGCAAUGAGUUUAUUAGCAACUUUAAAAUCUCCUGCAUCAUUACUUGGAAUGCCUGUUGAAUUUUAUUACUAA